AAAGUGUAGCUAAAACAACCCAGAAAUAAAGUAAAAUAAGAAGAAAAAUUUACUGCGAUAUUCUGGAAGUGAGUUCUCAAGGGUCCUAUAUUGAUGCCUUCUUCUUCUCUGUCACUCAAGAUUCAUUCUGCAUCAUCCAACAAUUGUGAGAAGAAAAUUUUUCCUUUAUAUUCUUUCCCAUAUUUCAUAUUUUCUUAUCAUCCCAAACCUUGGCCUAAUCAUAUACACAAUUAAUUCUCUCAAAUCAACAUGGCAGUCUCUGCAACACACAAGACCCUUUGCUCCUUUCUAUUGACUCUUUUAAUCUUUGCUUCUGUUCUUGCUCGAGAUGACGAUGAUCAUGAUUUUUCUGUCAGACUCAUCCAUAGACACUCAUCAGAUUCUCCUUACUACAAUCCCUCAGAAACUCUUUUUCACAGCUUAAAGAAUGCAUUGAAACGCUCUGCUAAUCGUCUCAAUCAUUUAAGACGUAGACCAGUUUCACCACACUGGGCUCGUUCUGCUUUAACCAACGAUUAUGGAGAUUAUCUCAUGAGAUUAGCAAUUGGAACACCCCCAGUCGAAGUUCUAGCCACUGUAGAUACAUGCAGUGAUCUUGUAUGGAUACAAUGUAGGCCUUGUUUCGGUUGUGUGAACCAGAGAAAUGCUCUCUUCGAUACUAGAUUUUCCUCAAGUUACAGAACUCUUUCUUGUGAUUCUCGUCCAUGCAAGUCCCUCCAUCGUCGUCACCGAUCUUGCGAAUCCCACGUUUGUCAUUACUCGUAUUCUUACGGAGAUGACUGUCAUAUAGAAGGAGAUCUUGCAAAGGAAACCGUCGCCAUUGAUACUACAGAAGGUGACCAUGUUACUUUUUCUAGAACUACAAUUGGCUGUGGAACUUAUAGCAGUGGCAACUUUUACGAUGCUGGUGUAAUUGGCCUUGGACGGGGAAGAGUUUCACUGAUUUCUCGUAUGAAAGAUUCAAUUCAUGGUAGAUUUUCAUACUGUUUAGUGCCUUACUUUUCUAACGCUGCAAGUAGAAUGCAUUUUGGCCGUAGAAGUGUGGUUUCAGGUUCUGAAGUUUCUCGUUGCAAGCUAGCUUCAGGAGACUCAGACACUUAUUAUUACCUGACAUUAGAAGCAGUUAGUGUAAACAACCAUAGGUUAACAUAUUGCAAGAAAUGUGUCUCAUCGGGAGAUGGGAAUAUUAUUCUUGAUAUAGGAACUACAAUCACAUACUUGCCGUACAGGUUUUAUGAUCGAUUGGAAUCGAGAGUGAGAGAAUCCAUCGACUUGAAUCCUGUUCGUGAUCCUACACAACAACUGGGUCUUUGUUAUAGGGCUGCAACCCAUUUCAGAAUUCCGGUUAUUACAAUGCAUUUUGCCAAUGCGAGUGUGGAGUUGGAUUCUUUGAACACGUUCAUAAGGGUGUCUGAAGGUGUUGUUUGCUUUGCUUUUGCUCCGACAGAUGAUGACAUUGCAGUAUAUGGGAAUUGGCAACAAAUGAACUUCUUGAUUGGCUAUGAACUGAAUAGAAAGAGGGUAUCUUUCAAGAGAACUGACUGCUCCAACUAUUGACCAGUUCUACUAUGUCUCCUUGUUUUUGUCUGAUAACAUAUAUGUUAGUGGUGCAAAUGAUAAUAAAUUAGGGUUAUCAGUUCUAGGUAUUGUAAACACCUUAGUAUUUGGAAAAUGAUUUUUUUUUUUUUUUUUUUUUUUUUUUUUUUUUUUUUUUUUUU